AUGAACUCAUCCACACCUGACUCAUACGCUAACUCCACAACUCCUUCCAUCGAGCUAAUAGUCUAUCUGGAAAUGUGCGUGUUCACCUUUAAUUUCCUGUUUGGUCUUCUUACACACUCCUAUGUGAUCUGGCUCAUCGUAACAGGAAAUGGAAUUGCAUCAGAGUUCUUCAUCCUCAAUCUCUCUGUUUGUGAGAUUGGAAACUCUUUGAAUUCGUUGUUCUUUAUGCUGUCAACUGUGUUUUCAUGUCUUACAACAAUAGUCGUUAUUUUACAAGGACUCACCAUCACUGGUCGUCCUCUAUUUCAGUGUCUGAUGUGUGUUGAGCGUUACCUGGCUGUGGUUCAUCCUGUAACCUUUCUGAAGUACAAACCUCUCAGAUACAGAGUGAUCUGCUGCUCUGUGACCUGGAUAAUCACUCUUGGAUCCUGUUUGAUCUGCCUUAUCAUGUUCUUUUUUUCUACCAUUGCUAUGAAUGCGUGCUUCUACUCAGUGCAGUUUCUACUCUAUCUCCCCAUCCAGUUGUUUUGUCUUGUGGCUGUUCUCAGAGCUCUGAAGCAGUCAGGACCAGGAGAGAGAGGGAGAGAGAGAGAGCAGGAAACACACAUGAAGACAAGAGCAUUUUAUCUCAUCUUAAUAACUACUGUGACCAUGACUAUCACAUAUGUGCCAAACACUGUCACUGGACUCUUUACCAUUGUGUCAGACCAGCUUAAUUCGAUAAUUUGGGUUCCUUCAAUGAUUUGUUUUAUACUAGCUGGUUUUGUUCAGCCUGUUCUUUAUCUGCACCGGGCUGGAAAACUCUCUCGCCUCUGUACUCAAUAA